AAGAACAGAUGCCAUCCCGAGCCUCUAGCUCGUGAGUGAUCUCUGCUCCUAGCUCAGUAGCCAUAGCUACAACGUAUAGUGUCCGUGGAAUUGUAAAUUUGUAAUCUUGUGUAUCACCUGCUGGCAACAAUGGCGGCCUCGGUGGAGUACAAGCAACUUGCUCACCCGUGGGCGAGCAAUGCGCCGUCGAGUGACCUCGACUUGUUCCCGUCCAACGGCGGCAAGCGCCGUUCCGGCUCCGACUCUGACUCCGACGACGAGGGCAAUAUACCGCCGGACUGGAGGUCGCUGUACCACCCGCGUCUUGAGGUGGAGCCGGCCGUCAAGGAUCCUCGUGACGAGGCCACCUCCGACGCGUGGGUGCGGCGGCACCCGGCGCUCGUCCGGCUCACCGGCAAGCACCCGUUCAACUCCGAGCCGCCGCUGCCGCGCCUCAUGUCGCACGGCUUCAUCACGCCGGCGCCGCUCCACUACGUGCGGAACCACGGGCCGGUGCCCAAGGCGGACUGGUCGACGUGGACCCUGGAGGUGACCGGGCUCGUGAAGCGCCCCGCCAGGCUCACCAUGGAGCAGCUCGUGACCGGGUUCGAGGCCGUGGAGCUCCCCGUCACGCUGGUCUGCGCCGGCAACCGGCGCAAGGAGCAGAACAUGGUGCGCCAGACCGUCGGCUUCAACUGGGGCCCCGGCGCCAUCUCCACCUCCGUGUGGCGCGGCGUGCGCCUGCGCGACGUGCUGCGGUGGUGCGGCGUCAUGGGCGCCUCGGCCGGCGCGGCCAACGUGUGCUUCGAGGGCGCCGAGGACCUCCCCGGCGGCGGCGGGUGCAAGUACGGCACCAGCCUGCGCCGCGGGGUGGCCAUGGACCCCGCCCGCGACGUCAUCCUCGCCUACAUGCAGAACGGCGAGCCGCUCACGCCCGACCACGGCUUCCCCGUGCGGGUCAUCGUCCCGGGCUUCAUCGGCGGCCGCAUGGUGAAGUGGCUCAAGCGGAUCAUCGUCGCCGACAAGGAGUCGGAGAGCUACUACCAUUACCGCGACAACCGCGUGCUGCCGUCUCACGUCGACGCCGAGCUCGCCAAUGCCGAAGCGUGGUGGUACAAGCCGGAGUACAUGAUAAACGAGCUGAACAUAAACUCGGUGAUCACCACGCCGGGACACGAUGAGGUGCUCCCCAUCAAUGCGCUCACGACGCAGCGGCCGUAUACGAUGAAGGGAUAUGCAUACUCCGGCGGUGGCCGGAAAGUUACACGGGUGGAGGUGACCCUGGACGGCGGCGAGACGUGGCAGGUGUGCAAUUUGGACCACCCGGAGAGGCCGACCAAGUACGGCAAGUACUGGUGCUGGUGCUUCUGGUGGGUCGAGAUCGAGGUGCUCGAGCUGCUCGCAGCCAAGGAGAUCGCCGUGCGCGCCUGGGACGAGUCCCUCAACACCCAGCCGGAGAAGCUCAUAUGGAAUAUCAUGGGCAUGAUGAACAACUGCUGGUUCCGCGUGAAGACGAAGACGUGCCGGCCGCACAAGGGGGAGAUCGGGCUGGUGUUCGAGCACCCCACGCAGCCGGGCAACCAGGGCGGCGGGUGGAUGGCGCGGCAGAAGCACCUCGAGACGUCGGAGAGCGCGGUGGGCACGCUGAAGCGCAGCACGUCGACGCCGUUCCUGAACACGGCCUCCAAGCAGUACACCAUGUCCGAGGUGCGGCGCCACACGACGCCGGAGUCCGCCUGGAUCGUCGUGCACGGACAUGUCUACGACUGCACGGGCUUUCUCAAGGACCACCCCGGCGGCGCCGACAGCAUCGUGAUCAACGCCGGCACCGACUGCACCGAGGAGUUCGACGCCAUCCACUCGGACAAGGCCCGCGGCCUCCUCGAGAUGUACCGCAUCGGCGAGCUCAUCGUCACCGGCAGCGACUACUCGCCGCAGAGCAGCAGCGCCGACCUCACGUCCAUCGUUGAGAGCCCCAGGGCGGCGCCCGCCGCGCCGGUGUCGACCGUCGCGCUGUCCAACCCGCGGGAGAAGGUGCAAUGCCGGCUCGUGGACAAGAAGAGCCUGUCCUACAACGUGCGGCUGUUCCGGUUCGCGCUGCCGUCGCCGGACGAGAAGCUCGGGCUACCGGUCGGCAAGCACGUGUACGUGUGCGCGUCGAUCGGCGGCAAGCUCUGCAUGCGCGCGUACACGCCGACGAGCUCCGUCGACGAGGUCGGCUACAUCGAGCUCCUGAUCAAGAUAUACUUCAAGGACGAGGACCCCAAGUUCCCCGACGGCGGGCUCAUGUCGCAGUACCUGGACUCGCUGACGCUCGGCGCCACCAUUGACAUCAAGGGCCCGAUCGGGCACAUCGAGUACGCCGGUCGCGGCGCCUUCAUGGUGAACGGCGAGCGCCGGUUCGCGCGGCGGCUCGCCAUGGUGGCCGGCGGGACGGGGAUCACGCCGGUGUACCAGGUGAUCCAGGCCGUGCUCAGGGACCAGCCCGACGACGACACGGAGAUGCACCUGGUGUACGCGAACCGGACGGAGGGCGACAUGCUCCUCAGGGAGGAGAUCGACCGGUGGGCGGCGGAGCACCCGGCGCGGCUCAAGGUGUGGUACGUGGUGAGCAAGGUGGCGAGGCCGGAGGACGGGUGGGAGUACGGCGUCGGGAGGGUGGACGAGCGGACGCUCAGGGAGCACCUGCCGCCGGGCGACGGCGAGACGCUCGCGCUCGUGUGCGGGCCGCCGGCGAUGGUGGAAUGCACGGUGCGGCCCGGCCUGGAGAAGAUGGGCUACGACCUCGACAAGUCCUGCCUUGUCUUCUGAUCGAGACGUGACACGUGUAGUGUAUAACACUGCAACUGUACAUAUACUUAGCGUAGUUGCAUGAUUUUAAUUUUAAGUGCAUAUUUGGAGCUCUAUCGAGUUCAAUGGAAGUGUAGAGUGUAGAGCGAUGCUUGUGCACAUCAGCACAUGGUUCAUUUUGGCGUCGAAAUGUAUAUUUCAUUAAUCA